AUGGAGGACUGGGCUCGCGAUGAUGAUCAAGAUGAUGUCGCGGAUGUCGAUGAUAUUGCGAACGAAUUUGAUAUACCUUCAGUCAACGAUACUUUACCUCCGUCGUCAAGCUGUAAGGAGGUGGUCGACAUCACUGUGCCAACGAAACCUCGUUUACCUAUAAUACCGCCAAUUUGGGCCGAGUCUCGCCAAGAAGUCUGUGAAUCAUUCGACUACUUUCGAAGCUAUCAGAGUGGUGUUUAUUCCUUGAAGGAUAUUGUCAAAGGCUAUCUUUUGGGUGGAUCACCCGCAAGCCGUGAUAUCUUUCAUUGCGGGGGAAGAUUGAUCGUUUCCCAUGGUGGCGGUAAAGCUGAGAGCAUCCUCGAUUACCGGGUUGGUGCUGCUCGGUUUCAACAGGCUCAGGAUCAAGAAGCCACAGACAAAUCCGUCCGUGCUCUACUAAAGAGCUAUACAGACAAACGACCUCUGGUUCUUCUCGCUGAUGAUAAGUACGCUCUAUUCCCUUAUGAUCUUAGUGCCUCGGGCUGCACGUAUGUCGUCCUUGGAUUAUAUUGGAUAUCUCAUGCAUGGGCCGAGUAUCAACCCGCAUCCAAUGGCUGCGGAAGGGUUGUCCGCUGGAAGUUUGCUUUCCAAUGGUGCGAAGGACAGGGAAAUCCGUGGUGGAUUUCAUCCACGAGCAAUGACGUGGAUAUGCUUCCCGAUCCAAUCGGAGGUUGUCAGUCUGCUCCCAGACAAGAUCCGUCGCCGCCAGAUGUCGUUGUUAAUAUGGCAUGCAAUAAGUGUUCUCAGAAGAGUCCUGUUGUUUAUUCACAGGGAUGGAUGUGUCUGAAUCCUUCUUGUACUUCCUUUUGGAGUAUAGGAGGACGAGAGCUGAACCAACUUGAUUAUGACGCCUCAUUCUUGCGCCCAAUUAAAACAGUAUUUAUCAAUCUUCCAGAGCUUCGCCCUGCGAAGCUUAUUGAAACGAUGGAUUCCAUCACUACUUCGUACGCAUUUAGCAAGGGAUGGCACUGCGAAAAGUGCGGGCGCCUUUCGAGUCGUUUCAAAUGGGAACAUUGGGAAUGUUCUCAUUGUCAUUUGAUUCACAAAAUUCCGGGAAGACUGCGGACAGCAAAAGAGUUUUGGCACCAACGACCACCAGUAGAUUUUCUACACUCGCAAGUUGGAAAACAAUCAGGUUUGCGACGUCAUUGUCAUUCACUGGCACUUCUCCCUCACAUUCAUGCGACUCUCUCAGGGAUCAUUGCUUGUCGUCCAGAACCAUUCGAACUGGGCGAUGGCGGAGGAUUUACGAACCACCUCACUUUCAUUCUCCCUAAUGAGACAGGAAGGAUCCAUCUCUUAUUGGGUACUCCAUUGGCAAACAAACAGGCGGACGAGAUAUUCCGACAGUAUCAGGAGCAAGCUGAAGAAGGAGAAUUGCUUCUGAGAAGAUACCCACUCAGGCUUAACUGUGUUAGUGAUCACUCAAACUGUAUUGCAGUUCGUGGAACUUUCCUUACUAAUUACUUUUCUCAAAAUUCGGGUGAACCAUACCAGUAUGUUGGUGGAACAGGAAAUACCGUGCCUUUCGACAAGGCACCAUCAUCUGUGUGUGGUGCCCUCGCCUUGAUCAAAGAGAGAUCUCGUCUCGCUCUUCAAAAAGACAUCCCAUUCAACGAGAUUCUCAGCGCUGCAUAUAUGGAAAAACAAAAGAUGUCUUUCCACAGUGACAGUGAGCGCGGGCUGGGUCCUGUCGUAGCAUCCCUUUCACUAGGGUCCGCGGCAUUCAUGCAUUUUCGUGCCCGUGCUACAUCAAAGGAGCCAAAACACUCAUCGUCAAAUGUGUUAACUUUGAUCCUCCGACACGGAGACGUACUGAUCAUGGAAGGCGAUGGUGUUCAACAGCAUUAUCAGCAUACUGUCAUACCCAUGAAUUUUCGCAUUGCUGCCACCGCUCGCUGCAUUGGAACUGCAUAA